AAAAAAAAAAAAAAAGUUCCUAACAAAUUUAAAUAUUUUCAGUUUCUAUCUGCUAACCAAACAAACCCUUUAUGGAAUUCGAAUCGGAUCAAUUUUGAUUCGCUCUGAAUUCAAUAUAUAUAGAGGCAAACGCUUCUUACCUGUAUUAUCAAAAUCUAGGGUUUUCAUGUAUUGCCCACUUCGCAGCACUGCAGCAGCAGCAGCGGAGGAAAACAAAAUGGCAAGGAUGAGCAGAGCAGAGUCAAACUCGAAUCUUUGCCAUAUCCCUGAAGAAAUCUUGAUUCAGAUCCUCGUCAGACUGUCGGUAAAAUCACUACUCCGAUUCAGGUCAGUUUGCAAAUCAUGGUACUCUCUAAUUAUUGACCCUGCCUUCAUUCAAGCACAUCUCAAAACUUCAAGCCAAAGCACUCACAUCAUCCUAAGCUACAAAUCUGAACUUACAAGAAUUGACCGUUACUCAAUACGUUAUGAUGAUGAAUCUUUUCACCAGUAUUUUGAACCUCAGCUUCCCUCACACAUCCUCAAACAAUCUUUAACGAUGUACGGGUCCUGUAAUGGCCUCGUAUGCUUGUCUAAUGAAGAAACAAUACGCUUAUGGAACCCAGCACUUAGAAAACUAAAAACCCUUCCUAAUUCUCUAAUUAUCGACCCCAAUUUGGAUUAUCUUCGCACCUAUCUAGCCCAUCUGGCAUUUGGGUUCCUCCCCGGAGUUAAUGAUUACAAGGUUGUGAGGAUUUUGUGCUUGAGGGAUGAUAUUUAUAAACCAUUGCCCUAUAAAAGUCAAUUCCUAACUGAGGUUUAUAGUCUAAGCACGGACUCUUGGAAAAGAAUUGAUGUUGCCCCUGCGUAUGAUUUUAUUGGUAAUAGACCUGCAAUCGUGAAUGGAGCUGCGUAUUGGGUUGCAGUAAAGAGAACUGAUGAGGGUAAUUGUUGUUUACUUGUGCGUUUUGAUUUGGGGGAUGAAGUUUUUGACGAGGUAAUGCUGCCCGAUGGUGCUCGACAUUAUUCUCCUUAUGGCCCAGAUUUGUGGGAUGAAGUUUUGCCUGGUGCUCGCCAUUUUUAUCCAGUGUUGGGGGAAUCACUGUGUUUUUUCCGAUAUUAUCGUUUUGCACUGAAUGAAAGGUGUGACAUAUGGACAAAGGAGUGUGGCAAAUUGGGUUCUUGGACAAAACAAUUUACCGUUAAUUUCCAUGACACACCUUAUAACCUGUUUGGUCUGAGAAAGAGUGGUGAACUGCUACAAAUAAACCGCAAGAAAGAUCUGGUAUCUUAUAACUUUGAGACCCAAAGAGCUAAGGAUCUUGGAAUCCAUUCAUUUUUAUGGAAUUUGUCUGCAUAUUUUUACGUGGAGAGUUUAAUUCAACUUGAUGGUGCAGAGUGUCUUUUUCCACUUGAUAGUGAAUUAUAGCUAGCAGAAAAAGAAAAAGAAAAAACAAAAAUGCUAGCAGAUGCUUGUGAUGCAGCUAUUUACAAGGAACAUCUCAAGAAGCAUGGACUUUGAGGAGUGGCUUGAAGCUAAAAAUUAAAGGAACCAGCUAAGUGCAGAAAGAGAGGUGAGGAUUUGGGAAGUUCAGGAUAUGUAGGCACUGCUGGAAGCUCAGGCUUUUAGUACUUAUCGGACACGAGAAAGUGGUGGUAAUUCAUGCUUGGGAAGCUUAGGCAAGGGUAUUACGUUACAUACAAUAAUUGUUCUAAAAUUAUUGCUUCUCUAAGUAAAUAUGAUCUUGUUUAAUUUCUACGUAUGUUGUCUGUUAAACCUAUAGCAAAGUGCAAGACCAACUAUGAUUUGGUAAACCUUAUGCCAUAUAUUGAUUUAUCACUCUUGGUGCGUGAAUCACUAGUAUUCUUUAUUAACCAUUGGUAUUUGAAUGAACCAUUUUAUCAAUCGAAUUCUUUUCUGACAAUAUUGAAGAUAAAGCUCAUCCUCUAGUGCUCUUUGAUGCCAUGUUUCCAUUGGAAUUUGUAUUGGCUGUGCGCUUUAUAUUUGAGAUCAAUUCUCUUCUAUAAAUGCAACUUCGUUGUGUUCAACACUUCAACCCAUGCAUUAACAAUAUUGAAGAUAAAGCUCAUCCUCUAGUGUUUCAUUAUUGUCUGUCUGCUCAAAUAUAUUGUAUGUGAAAUUUUCAUUGUGGACUAAAUUAAAGCAUCGAGGAAGAAUGAAAAAUGUAAAAAUGUAAUGCAAAUAGUUUUCUUAGAUUUGAUAGGAUGCAUGAAUUUAGUGAUUUUAAGCUUUAUUGUUGAAACUAUCUAAAAAGAAUCAAGCGAUAUGUUAUUUAUGGAUGUUGCAGAGGCUGAAACAGCCUUUACCUUUUAGAGUUCAUGUCCAAGGACACCAUUUACCAAUAACAUUGUAAAUUGUUUAAUAAGUGGAUUUUCUGAUGAUCACUAUAUGUAUAUGCAUUGCUGUCAAAACAUGUUCCAGUGUAGGUUGUUUAUGAGUUUUAGGUUAUCAACAUAUUUUUGCAUGGACUACAUAAUUAGGAGUGUCACCAGCUAACCCUAGCCAAGUUUAGAUAUCACCACCACAGUCAUAUGUCCAUUGGCCAAGCCUGGUUUAAAAUUGGAUUUUUCAUACUUGAAUUGAACUAAUUGUACAAUUUUACAGAAGUUCCUCUUAAAAUGCAUGUCUUGAGUGAUUACAUUCCCCUUUUCUCCAUAUUGCAAUUAGAUUUCAGAAUUUCCUUCAGCACAAAGCAGAGCACAUUGCAAACACAUGAAAAGGAACCAGAGUUCCCAUUUUUCUGGUCUUAUGAGGUUAAUGUUCCCAUUUUGAAUCUAAAUGUCACUUUGUGUGUGUGUGAAACAAGAAAGUUACAGUAUUAGUAGAUGACGAGUAUUAGUACCAUUCGAGUAUUAGUAAAGUUACAGAGGAUAACUUUAGCUGAAACUUGGAAUUUAUAUGUGAUCUUCUUUACUGAGUGAUUAGACAAUGUGAUUUCCCCCGGAUUGUUAAUAGGGAUGAUUUAUGGCCAUCUUUUGUUAACAUUGUUGAUGCAUGCCUUAAGAUGAAUUUUUUUUUUUUGUUUUUUUUUUCCUUAUGAUCUUAUAAGUUGGUAAUUGUCCUUUCUAUGUUUAGAAUCCUUACUGUUUCUGCUUUUCUGGAUUCUUAAAAGUCAUUGCUUUUCUGGAUUUUUUUUUUGGAUGACCCGGAUACCAAGGCUUCGCCCCGACUAAUCCCCAAGGACCCAGGAAGGGCGGCCUCCCCACCCCACUAUGGAGUGAUUUGUUCCAACUCAAAUGUCAAGAAAGCAACAGCAUCAACAAGAAAAUCACAGAGGAAAAUUGAACGUAAGCACACUCGGGGAGCUGAGUGCUCUACCAACUAGGUCAUUGAGUAAUGCCAGCUGAUCACUAUUCAGUUUAGUAAAUUAAUUAAAGGCAUCCAUGAAUACUGGGGCUCCUAUGUGGAGGUGCAGAGAAGAGAAGACGGGAGAUAGAGACAGACUUAACGUUUGGAAUUAUUUUGCACGCUCUUAAACCCCCAUUCAUCCUCAUAAUUGAUAAUCCGAGCUAUUAUCAGUUCACAACACAUAUCAGCUAUUCAUUGUCAAUGUUAGUAGUCCAUACAAGAUAUCUGAAUUCAAACAAAUACGAAAAACACUUAUAGAGAUGCUGGAAUGAACAAAAUGACUUCAUUUCUUACGCAUUUUCUUUCCUUAUGCUCAUUUAUUGCCGGAACUAAUAAAAAUAUUAAAAAUUGAGAAGAGAAUUGUGCUCCUCUUUACUAAAGUUCUCUCUUUAUAAU